CUCAAGUCUCAGUUACUCUCUAAACGGUAAUCUUUAUUUAGAUCCAAAACUUCACUGCACUCAUCCAAAACAUGGCUUCUACUACCAAAGAUUCAGAUUUUGCAUAUUUGGAACAUGUUCAACAAUACCUUCUUUUUGAUGAUUCCAGCUUUCUAACAUCUUAUCAACCUUUUUCAAGCCCUAAAAGUGACAGUGAUUCAGACAAAUCUGCAGGAGCUGGUGAGGUAACCGCACCUCCAGCGUCUUGGAAGCGAUACAAGGGCGUGAGGCGAAGGCCGUGGGGGAAGUUUGCAGCCGAGAUCAGAGAUCCUAAAAAGAAUGGCGCUAGGGUUUGGUUAGGAACUUAUUUGACCGAGGAGGAAGCAGCUUUGGCUUACGACAAAGCUGCUUUCAAGAUGCGUGGCCAAAAGGCCAAAGUUAAUUUUCCCCACCUCAUUGGCAACGACGUGUUUACGUCGGAGCCAGAGAGGGUGGUGAUUUUGAAACAGGAUUCGCCAGAACCUUCUUCGUCAGAGGGAAGUUGUGAGUCAUCUUCACCUGGGUCGAAGAGGAGAAGGGGUAUGGCUGAUCUACUUAACAAAAUAGCAAAGAAUAGAAGUCAAGUUAUGGUGGUUGAGAAUGACAAGUCCUUAGAAGCAAAUGAUUUUGAGCAAUGGGUGAAUGAGUUGAAUGAUUGCACUAUAAUCUGGAGCUCCUAGAGUAGUUCUGUUAAGUUUAUGUUUUCUUUUUAUUUGUGCAGUUUCCUAAUAUUUUUGCAUUACCUGUUGAUAUUAAACAGGUGAUGUUUAAGCAAAACUAUAACAAUUAAUGUUGUUAUUUUUCCGAAAGAACUUUUCUUUUGGAUUUGAGGUUAUGAUGAAAAAAAAAGAGCAUAUUAGAGAUGCACAAAUUCAGUUCAAUUUAUUUUUCUAACGAAAUAUUGAUAUGCGUGUAAACUGAUACUCCUUCUGUCAUGAAUAAUAUCACUUUGAGUCA